UACCCAGAAUUCCGUUCGGCCGCCCUUUUCCGCCAUCUUUAUUCCCGUAUCCAGCAGAUUUUCUUGGACUGGUAACAGGAAUAAGAGUUGACAAUGCCUGGAAGGUUGUGGUGUAAAGCAAUCUUUGCUGGAUACAAGCGUGGCUUGAGGAACCAACGUGAGCAUACAGCACUGUUAAAGGUAGAGGGAGUCUACAGCCGUAAUGAAGUGGAUUUCUACCUGGGGAAACGCUGCGCCUACGUCUACAAGGCAAAAAAAACUACAGUGACUCCAGGUGGGAAGCCCAAUAAAACCCGUGUUAUCUGGGGUAAAGUCAUGCGUGCUCAUGGAAACAGUGGCAUGGUGCGUGCCAAGUUCACAAGCAACCUGCCACCCAAAGCCAUCGGCCACAGAAUACGCGUGAUGCUGUACCCCUCCCGUAUCUAAUGGGCUUCCCAAAACAUUGUUUAAUUAUAAUUAUAAUUAAUGCUAAUUAAAUAUAAUUAUAAUUAAUAA